AGAAGAGAAAGGUUGUUGGAAGGAGCAAAAAAAGUGCGAAAUUCCAGUGAAGUUUUUAUUUUAUUUUUGAGUGUUCUAUUUUACAAACCCUUUGGAAUCGAACGAGCUCCCUUUGGCUGAAAAUUGUUACGAAUUACUGCAAGUUUUUCCUGUUAAACAGUGCACUCUCCAGGCGGGAAACAACCCUCGGAUCUUGAAAGUGAAAGAGAGUAGAAGCCGAAACAACCGGUGAAAAUGUGCGAUCCGUGCUGCAGCCCAUGUGAUCCGUGCUACCCGUGCUAUCCUUGCGGUCCUAGCGCAGUUUGUGGUCCUUGCGCUCCUUGCGGACCAUGUGGACCAUGUGGUCCGUGUUCUCCUUGCGGACCAUGUGAUCCGUGUGCUCCUUGUGGACCAUGUGGACCAUGCGAUCCUUGUCGGCCAUCGUGCGGACCUUGCGAUCCGUGCGAACCAUCGCUUCGCACGGCUCACGAUCUGAACUGCAUGCCGCAGUGCCCGACCGUAUGCCCACCGCAGCGUUGCGGACCACGGUUCAUCACCGUACAGCAGCCGCCGCGGUUGGUGGCACAGAAGAAGGUGAUCAACUGUACGCGGACGGUGAUUGACAAGCACGUAGUGCCGCAGACAAAAGCGAUCAUCGAGCCCAAGUUAAUCUAUCAGCCGAAAACCAUCUGCGAACCGUGCAUCAUCUACAAGCGGCGUACCGUGCCGGAACCGCGCAUCAUCUACUACAAGCGGAUUGUGCCGGAUCCGAAGGUGGUGUGUACGCCGCGUGUGGUGGUCGAACCGAAGGAGAUUUGUACCACGCUCGUGUGCCAACCGAAACCACAGGUCAUUCAGGUGCCACCGGCCAAGGACUACUGUUGCGUACCGGCCGGUACCACUUUCUUCAACAAUGGCUGCUGUCCACCGGGCGUUGGCCCCAUCUGUCCUCCGCGACGCUGCUAGGAUUGUAAUCGGGAGUGAUGCUGCUACUUCUCGGCGAUAGCCACCGAGGAUGUGCAAGAGCCGGGAGCUGAGAGGAGGCAACCUAAUUAUGACCUGCGAGUGUCUGAAACGGAACGGGCUGCAGAACGAUUGUCCACGAACGGAGUGUCA